AUGAGUGAUCCAGAACCCUGCAGAAUUAAACAGGAAGAGACUGAAGAACUAAUAGAUGUGAAGGUGAAAAGUGAAGAACUGAGUGAAGAUGAGGAGAAACAUCAUGUCAAGCCUGAAGAAGAAACUCACACAAACACUGAACACAGUUUUGUAAGGACCAGCACAGCUGUAAACGGUUUCACCUGCACUCAGUGUGGAAAGAGUUUCAGCCACAAAUGCAGUCUCAGCAUUCACAUGAAGAGCCACACUGGAGACAAAAAUGUGAAGGUGAAAAGUGAAGAACUGAGUGAAGAUGAGGAGAAACAUCAUGUCAAGCCUGAAGAAGAAACUCACACAAACACUGAACACAGUUUUGUAAGGACCAGCACAGCUGUAAACGGUUUCACCUGCACUCAGUGUGGAAAGAGUUUCAGCCACAAAUGCAGUCUCAGCAUUCACAUGAGGAGCCACACUGGAGAGAAACCUUACAAGUGUUCACACUGCGACGAGAGAUUCAGUAAGUUAGGAGACCUGACAACGCACGAGAAGAUUCACCCAAAAGACAAACUGUUUCUCUGCAUUGCUUGCGGGAAGCGUUUCAGGGAUAUAUUUACUCUACAAACACACACGAAAAAAUUUCACGAGCUGAAUGAAGACGUGAAGACCUACCUAAGCGUUCAUUCAAAGCUGAAGCCGUUUUCGUGCUCUUUGUGUGGAAAGAGUUUCAAUCGCUCACACUGUUUAAGGCAACAUCAGAGGACUCACACUGGAGAGAGACCCUACAAGUGUUCACACUGCGACAAAACAUUCAGUCAGUCAGAUUAUCUGAGAAGACAUCAGAUGAUUCACAUGGAAGAGAAACCGUACAAGUGUUCACACUGCGAGAGAACAUUCGGUAAUUCAAGAAAUCUGAAAACACAUGAGAAGAUUCACACUGGAGAGAAGGCAUUCACAUGCACUCAGUGUGGGACGAGUUUCCCAAAAUUAUCAAAGCUUAAACAACACGUGAUAAUCCACACCGGAGAGAAACCGCACAAAUGUGAUCAAUGCGGCAAAACAUUUUGGAGGCCUUCAGAACUGAAGAUCCAUCUUAGACUUCAUACAAAUGAGAGGCCGUAUUCAUGUUCAGAGUGUGGGAAGAGUUUUACAUCGCAGUCAACUUUAGGAAGACAUCAGAAGAUCCACACUGGUGUGAGAGAGCAUGCGUGCUCGGAGUGUGAGAAGACUUUUAUUACAGCUGGAGACUUGAAAAAGCACCAGAGGAUUCACACCAGAGAGAAACAAUGCAUAUGAGUGUGGAAGGAGCUUCACAAAAUGAUCCAGUCUUAAACACAUUAAGUGUAGCCUUACAAGUGAUCACACUGCGACAAGGGAUUUAGUCAAUUUCAAAACCUGAAUAAACAUGAGAAGAUUCA